AGUGUGACCUACAUUUUCAGAGGUCAGAAACGUGCGAUGCCCACUGUCUCCGUUGCAUGCAUAAACCUGACAACUCUUGCAAACCUUUUUUUGUUUUCUGCAUCAGCGAUUUGCUGUAGAAUCAAAAUUGUUUCUGUUGUGCUUUUAGAGGGCAGUGUGGCUUUCCUGAACAGAUUACACUGGUGACUGGGUUAGAUUUUCGAGCUACACUGCUGUGACCAUCUGUACACAGAACAAGACGAAGCUAACUAUCCCAACCAUGAGAAUAGCUGUGAUAGGUCAAAGUGUGUUUGGUGCAGAAGUCUUUAAACUUCUUCGCAAGAAUGGUCAUGAGAUAGUUGGAGUCUUUACUUUGCAAGAUGUGAAUGGAAAACAAGAUCCAUUAGCAUUGGCUGCUGCAAAUGUUGGAGUCAAAGUUUUUAAAUAUAGUAAAUGGAUGGUGAACAAAAAGGUUAUUCCUGAAGUGUAUGAUGAAUAUCAAGCUCUGAAUGCAGAACUCAAUGUGCUUCCUUUUUGUUCUCAGUUUAUUCCUAAUGAAAUAAUCUUAUUCCCUAAAUAUCAAACUAUUAUUUACCACCCAUCACUACUUCCAUGCCACAGAGGAGCUUCAGCCAUUAAUUGGACUCUCAUGUGUGGAGAUAAGAAAGGUGGUUUCUCUAUCUUCUGGGCUGAUGAUGGAUUAGAUACUGGACCAAUUUUGUUACAGAGAUCCACAUUUGUGGAUCCUAAUGACACUUUAGAAACAUUUUACAACAGAUUCUGCUUUCCAGAAGGCAUUAAAGCUAUGGGUGAAGCUGUGGAAAUGAUUGCUACCAAUAGAGCCCCAAGCAUUGUUCAACCAGAAGAAGGUGCCACCUUUGAACCUUUUGUGAGGAAGGAUAAAGUGCAGAUUAAUUUUGACCAACCAGCUGCUGUUAUUCAUAAUUUUAUAAGAGGAAAUGACAAAGUUCCUGGUGCUUGGACACUAAUUAAUGGGGAACAAAUUACAUUCUUUGGUUCUCGACUCUGGUCCCGCCUUCCUCCUCGUGGAAUACAAGUUCCCAUAGAUGGUGUUAAAUACUCUGCUAUUGUCCAUAAAGAUGGAAUGAUUUUGUUUGGCAAUGAUGGGAAAAUGCUAAAUGUGUCUCAAGUUCAGUAUUCCAGUGGUAAAAUGAUUCCAGCUUCAAAGUUUGGUAAAGAAGACUCAUCAACCCAAAAACUUGAACUGACACCAGAAGAAGUUAGUAUGGAAAAUAAUCUCAAGGCCAUUUGGAAAGGAAUUCUCAAUACUGAUAUAGACAAAACUUUAGACUUUUUCAAAGCUGGGGCUGGCUCUAUGGAUGUGGUCAGACUCAUAGAAGAAAUCAAAGUUAGCUUUGAUAUUAAACUUGCCAUAGAAGAUGUCUACAUGAACCCAGUAUUUGAUGAUCUAAUGAUGUGUGUCAUUAGACGAGGCAGAGGUAUUGAGGAUAAGGAACCAUUCACUUAUGAUGCAGUUGAAAUAGAAGCCAAUAAAAUGAAACUUAAAUUUCCACAUCAAGUCUUCAUUGAUAAUGAGUUUGUUGAUUCAUCUGAUGGUGCCACAUAUAAUACCAUAAAUCCUGCUGAUGAAACAGUCAUUUGUAAAGUGAGUAAAGCAACAAAAGAAGAUGUCAACAGAGCAGUAGAAGCAGCAAAAGCUGCUUUUGAAGAAGGGGAAUGGUCUAAACUUAAUGCUAGAGAUAGAGGAAUGCUUCUUUUCAGGCUGGCUGAUUUAAUGGAACAACACCAGGAAGAACUAGCAACUAUUGAAAGUCUAGACUCAGGUGCUGUUUAUACUCUAGCUCUGAAAACUCACAUUGGAAUGUCAAUACAGACUUUCAGAUAUUUUGCUGGUUGGUGUGACAAAAUUCAAGGUAAAACUAUUCCAAUAAAUAAUGCAAGACCAAAUAAAAAUCUCACUUUUACUAAACGUGAGCCAAUCGGAGUGUGUGCCAUUGUUGUACCAUGGAACUACCCCUUGAUGAUGUUGUCCUGGAAGAUAGCUGCAUGUCUAGCUGCUGGUAACACUGUGGUUCUCAAACCUGCCAUGGUAACUCCAUUAACAGCUUUAAAGUUUGCAGAAUUGUCUGUUCUUGCAGGAUUUCCACCAGGAGUUAUAAAUAUAUUACCAGGGUCAGGCACUUUAGUAGGACAAGCGAUGUCAGAACAUCCUGACAUUAGAAAACUUGGCUUUACUGGUUCAACACCUGUAGGAAAGACUAUAAUGGAAAGCUGUGCUAAAGCAAACUUAAAAAAAGUUUCAUUAGAAUUGGGUGGCAAAUCUCCUUUGAUUAUCUUCAAUGACUGUGAUCUUGAUAAAGCUGUUCGACUGGGUUGUGGGGCUGUGUUCUUUAAUAAAGGUGAAAACUGCAUUGCUGCUGGAAGACUUUUUGUGGAGGAGUCUAUUCAUGAUGAAUUUGUUCAGCGUGUGAUUGAGGAAAUAAAAAAAAUGAAAAUUGGCAAUCCUCUGGAUAGAUCAACAGACCAUGGACCACAAAAUCACAGAGCUCAUUUACAGAAGCUUAUAGAGUAUUGUGAUAUUGGUGUUAAAGAAGGAGCAACACUUGUCAGAGGAGGAAAGCAGUGUGAUUUACCAGGUCUGUUCUUUGAACCAACUGUAUUCACUAAUGUUGAGGAUCAUAUGAUGAUUGCUAAAGAGGAGUCUUUUGGUCCAGUCAUGAUCAUCUCAAAGUUUAUUGAUGGGGAUGUGAAUGGAGUUCUUCAAAGUGCUAACAAUACAGAAUUUGGUUUGGCUUCUGGUGUUUUCACUCAAGAUAUUGACAAAGCUAUGCGAGUAGCAGAUAGUUUAGAUGCUGGCACUGUAUUUAUUAACACCUAUAAUAAAACUGAUGUAGCUGCACCAUUCGGUGGAUUCAAACAAUCAGGAUUUGGGAAAGAUUUAGGUGAGGAGGCACUAAAUGAAUAUCUUAAAACAAAAACAGUAACGCUAGAAUACAAGUAAUGGAAGGGCUUAUAUGAACAUAAUUUUUGUUUUCUGAAUGUAGAAAUAUGUUCAUUAUAUUAUUUUGAUUGCAAAAUUUCAUUUUGAAAUAAUGCAAACUAAAAUGUCAAAAAGUAUUGGUACAUUUUAAGAUGCUCAACAUAUAUUCUAUGUAUACAAUACUAGCAAUUGCAAAAAUGUUUGAUGCUUGAUAUUAGAGUUGGUUGAAAUAUAUGCUAAUGUUUUUAUGUUAAUUUUAUUGUUUUAAUGAAAUGUUUCAAUUGUAAUAUUCUUAAGAAAAGAAAAGGCUAUUGUUGAGCUUAUUUCCCUUUAUUUUCUAUGCAGACUUUUUGUUCUGAUUUUAUUUGUAUUAAUGUACUGGAUGAGUUUGUUUGUUUUUUAAAGAGAGAGCAAAAGAAUAUUUUAUACAGUGGUUGAUCAUUUGUUGACUUCAUUAAUUAAAUCAUUUUUGAAAAGUUAUUUAGAAGAUGCUCAAAAUUGUUAAUAUGACUGUCAACUAUAUACAACAGUAGAAUUCAAAUAAUAUAUAGUUAGGAAAUUUAGUUGGCAAGCCAAAUCUCAUACACAAUUUAGAUGCUUAAUAUUGAUCCUUAACUAAUUAAAAAUAGCAAAUGUGUAUCAGUAUAAAAGUGUCUUCUUCUUCUCACCAGCUUUAUUUCUGCUGAGUAAAAGUGUCUUAAAAAGUGAUUGGUCAAUGGUGAUCUCCUGAUAUUAUAUAAAGUUUAGUCUUUAUGUAGCAGCACAUUUUACUUCCAAUUAGCCCACUUCCCAAAAGUUAAUUAAUUAAUAACUAGGCUUGCUGUAAUUUUUAUGUAGCUUCAUAUGUUAAAUCUAAUUAAUUUACAUAAUAAAUGUCCAUACUUGUCAUAUACAUAUAUAAAUUUAGAAAUGAAUAUGAUCAAAACUCAGUUUUGGGGAUAAUUGACUAAAACUUAACAAAUGUAAACUUAAAUUGGGAACGCCUAAUAUUUGAAAUCUAUAAGCAUAUUUAAAGGGUUUGCCUUAUGUUCUAGUUAUGAAGGUCUAAAUGUCUAAACAUAAUUUUUUUCUUUUUUAUAGUCUCAUGAUGCUCUCAAAAAAUGUACUUCUCUUGAAUAAAAAAUGCUUGUAUUGCUUCAAAUAAUUCUUGAACACAAAAUAUUAAUGGGCAUCAAGAAGAGCUAAAUACUUUUAUUCUGUACACUGCUUUACUAAAACAAAUAUAGAAAUAAAUUAUAGCUUUUAUACAGUGCUACUUUCAUGCUAUCUCAUUUGUGGACCAGUGGGGGGAGAAGGUGCCUGGGAGAAGGUUUUCCGUGCUGCCUUUAGGCGCCCAGUAAACACAACUCUGUUUGAGUUGGGUGUCAAACCUCAAGCCCCCUUCAUAUGUAAGCAAGACAAGCCAAGUUCAAGCGUACUUAGCCUCUCGACCACACUUCUCACUACUACUACUACUAUGGUUACAUUUCUUUAUAAAAAUUGUUUUGUAUACAAUUUUAUUAACUAUUGCUGCUAUAAUUAUUAUUAUUAUUUUCCCAUUCUGUUGCCUAGUAAACUUUUAUUGGAAAAAAAAAAAUUCCCAUUAGAGCAUAGGUCUGCAAAAGUAGGCCUACUCCCCCAGUGGACUUUGUUUUUGGGUGAUUCCCCUCAGCUGAGCCAUGUCCAUACUGCCACCUUUGCUUCUUGUUCUACAGAUCUCCUCCAUGUUUGCUUUUGGUCUCCCACUCUUUCCCUUCCCCUAGUAUUAUGUUUCAUUGGUUUCAUUGCAUGUCCAUGUUAUUCUUUUGGGUUUUUUCAUUCUAGUCACAUUUACCUUAAUAGCUGAUACAAGCUGCAUAAAUCAGUUUAAAGAAACAACAACUCCAAAUCUGGAUCUCCAAAUAUUGUGAUUUUUUUGUGAUCAUGGUCAAUUUAUAUGUUGUUUUGGGAACAUGGUUUGUGUGAUAAAGUAGGCCUACUGUUAAUUAAAUCAGAAUAUCAUUUAUGUGCCAUACAAACACAUUUUAAUAGCAAUUGUAAUGUUCUUUUCACAUUGUUUCAGUCUCACAAACUAACUGUAACUGUCAUUUGUCCACAUAAUUAACAUGUAUGAAAAGUGUUUUUUUCAACACAUAAUGAAAUAAAUUGUUAAGCAAAUAUCAA